CGCCAGCGGAAAGCGCUUUUCACAACCCUCUCUAGCUGCGAACUUUCCGAGCGAGAAUUUGAGAAUCUUCAACGGGAUGCAAUGGGUAUUGGUGCAAUGCCGGUUGUUCUCUGUGUGUAUGUGUGUGUGUGUGAGUGUGUGUAUUUUCUAUGUAUGGGGAAAUUGCAAUUUUGAGCUUUUUUGGGGUCUACGCCGGUUGGAUGUGGGUCAGUAGUAGGAACUCUCGGUUGGCGGCGUCAACGUUUCCCUAGCUCUUCUACACAUUGCAACCGAAAAAAAUAAAAAAAAAACCAAGAAAAUAUCUUAUAAAUAUUUCUACUUCAAUCUUUGUUCGGAUUUUCGUUGUCGUUUGCCGCAGAUGCGUUUACAUUUCACUUCCGCCUGGCGAAUUUCGACGGUACACUUGAAUGUCGCAGUGCAAAAUGCAGUAGAAUGCUGACCGAGCAGCAGGAGCUCCGUAGUCUCCGUAGUUUGUCAAGCCAAGCCGGAGGGCUCCACAGCCGGAAAAUUAUUCCGGGGCGGGCGGCAGGCCACACGGCGUAUGCGUAACGAGAGAACGAAACGGAAAGUGAUGCGUAAUUUGCGGGCCCAGCCAACUAAAAUUAAAAUAAAACUCAAAAUACAAAAUAUCGGUAAUUAGUGCAAGGCAAAAUAUCCAAAGCCCGCCAGCAAUUAGCAGCUAUAUAAUAAUUAAAAGCCCAGCAAAAAGAAAAAACGCGUAUUCUUCUAAAUAGAAAAAAAAAUGGAAACCAAUGUAAGGGAAAAGCUAGUUAAUGCAAAACGAGAGUACAAAGCGCAGCAAACGGCGGCCAAAUGAAGAAGAAUAAUUCAAAUCAAGUAAAACUUCAACCACAAACAACUAGCAGAAUAAGCAGCAACCACUGAACCCCCACAUAUAUAUAUAUAUAUAUAUAUAUACAACCAGCACAUAUAUAUAUAUACACAGUGUUAGCUGAGCAACAAUCCUAGCUAUAGUCGCCAUGCAUGGACAUCACAACCACAACCAUCUGCCGCAGCAGCAGCAGGCACAAAACCAGCAGGAGCAGCAGGCGGCGGCCAUCAUGAAGGCAGCCAACCAGCCCCACCAGCCGCACCAGUCCCACCAUCCCGCCCACAGCCAUCCGCUCAGCCAUCCACAUCCACAUCCGCAUCAGCAUGCCCAGCCACAUCCGCAUCAGCAUCCACAUCCACAUCCGCAUCCGCAUCACAAGCUGUCGGCGAGAAGGGCGCGCAGUCGGAGUCGAAGUCGCAGUCCGACGCCGGAUGGCAAUCAGGACUACGAUGUGACCAGGAUGCGGGAGGAGGACUUCGAGCGGCUGGCCGUUUACCUGGUGCCGGAUGUCCAGGCGGAGCGAGGACUGCCCAAUCGGGCGGACAAGACGCUGCCGCGCAGCCUGACGCUCAAGUCGUCCAUGGUCUACUCAACGCCAAAUGUUAAGACUGAAGGAGUUUGGAGCAGCGGGGUCAUCCCACGUGGCACUCGCUUUGGCCCAUUCGAAGGCAUUCCAACCUCUAAUUAUCCCAAUGAUAAGAAUAAGGCGCGCUAUUUCUGGCGGGUGCAGGGAACACGCCACAUAACCUACGGGAAUAUUAAGAUCUUCAAGGACGAUGACUACUAUUACUUGGAUGGUUCAGAUCGCUCGCAGUCCAAUUGGAUGCGCUAUGUGGCCUCCGCUUAUAGUUUGUCCGUAAUGAAUCUGGUGGCGUGCCAGCACCAGGAGAACAUCUAUUUCUACACCACCCGCGACAUUCUGCCCAACGAGGAGCUGAUGGUGUGGUACUGCAAGGACUUCGCCAGUCGCCUGGGCUACGAUGUGGAUCCCGAGACGACGAUCUUCGGUGCCUGCAAGCAGGCGGUGGAUGCGGAGGAGGAGGCGGAUGAGGAGGAGGAGGAGGCGGAGGGUGAGGAUGGCAAGCCGCGAUACUCGAUGCCAGCUCCGGAAAUUCCACCCGAUGUGGCCGUUAGUCACAUCACCUACGUCAUGGGUCUCCAUCUGCCUGUGGGAGCGGGAAGUGGCCCGGCCAAUGGAUCGGUUGCGGGUUCCGUAUCCGGUGCCACGCCUCCGCCCCCAACUGCCACGCCCUGCUGCCGCCGCUCCAGUCCACCCGCCCACGUCAGCACCACCAGCUCCAACUGCAACUCCCACCACCCGCACAUCCAGCAUGGUCGCCAUGCCUCCGUGAUCAUUGGCCAGGAUCGCUCGCCAUUGGCCAGCAGUGACAAGGAUACGGCGGGCUCACCUCUGUCCGGUCUGGACCAUCAGAUGACCCCGCAGGAUGGCAGCGUGCGGUCUGUGAGAUCGGACGAGGGCUAUCACAGCAACGAGUGCCACGAGGAUGGACUCACACCACCCGAGGAUUCCAGCGACAGCGAGAGCGAGCAUAACUAUGUGCUGGACUGCUCCAAGAAGGCAAUUGCGCCCAAGGAGACAGUGAUUGCCCAGGCCCAAAAGCCCAGCAGUUCUCCGCCGGCCGUGGUUAUGGCUAACACCACUACCAACUCGUUGAAUAGCCACAAUUCGCCCACUGCGACGCCCAUUUGCGAGACGGACAAGAAUGAGUACAGAAAGUUCAAGGUGAAGAUGCCGCUGAAGUACGAGUUCAAGAACAAGAGCUGCGUGAAACAGGAGCCCAGUCUUAAGGAAGUCGACCAGGAGAUGUCCAUGCCGCAGGAGGAGGAGGAGGAUCAGGUGAUGCAUCCCGAGCCCGAUUCCAUAUGCCCAUCGACCACCACCCAUCUGGGCGAUGAGCACAUGCUGAUGAUGGAACGGGAACGCGAAAGGGAGCGCGAAAGGAUUCAGGAAAGGGAACCAUCCAACCAGCAGCCCGCCUCCUCCACGGUCAUCGUGCUGGAGCACAACUCCGGCGGUCAGGCUCGCACCAUUGUUCCACUGAGUAAACCCUACUACGAACCAGAUCCACCAGGCGAACGCUACAUGCGAUUUGGCCAGCCCUCGUCCAGCAUCCUGGAGACCAUCCUCACCAGCCAACAUCGCUUGGAGGCGGCCGCUGCUGCGGCAAAUGCCUGUCGCCAGGCCAAUGCCGCUACACCACCGCCCACUUCACCCACGGAGAUGGCCUACAGCUACAAGAAGUCGCAGCGCUACGGCAAUGCCGUCAGUCCGGACAGCAGUUCCAAUCUGGGACAGAAUCCCGAGCAGCUGUCCUCGUCGGCAGUGGUGGUCGGUGAACAGGAGAUGACCAGGGCCACGUUGAUCAAGGGCGAGUGCUCACCACCACCGCCCAGCCAUCAUCAUCACAAUGUGAUCUUCUCGCCCUCGAGACAUGCUGCAUAUCUGGGUGCCGGCGAAGCGGGUGGACACUCACCGAGUCCCGGCUAUCCUGGCUAUCCCCACUAUGGAGCUGCAGCCACCUCGACGUUUCAUUCACCACCACACAGCUCCCAUUCCCCGUUCGAUCGCCAGUCGAAUGCGUCCAGUGGUGCCGGUUCGGCCACCAAUUUGCAUUUAUUGCAAACCAGCACCCAGAUGCUAAACCAUCCGCUGAUGCAGCCCCUCACUCCACUGCAGCGUCUGUCACCGCUGAGGAUUUCUCCACCCAGCAGCCUGAGUCCCGAUGGCAACUCGUGUCCGCGCAGUGGCAGCCCUUUGAGUCCCAAUUCCUUGGCCUCCCGUGGCUACCGAUCCUUGCCCUAUCCGCUGAAGAAGAAGGAUGGCAAGAUGCACUACGAGUGCAAUGUGUGCUGCAAGACUUUCGGCCAGUUGAGCAACCUGAAGGUGCAUCUGAGAACGCAUUCGGGCGAAAGGCCCUUCAAGUGCAAUGUGUGCACGAAGAGCUUCACCCAGUUGGCGCACCUGCAGAAGCAUCAUCUGGUGCACACGGGCGAGAAACCGCAUCAGUGCGACAUCUGCAAGAAGCGUUUCUCGAGCACCUCCAAUCUGAAGACCCAUCUGAGGCUGCACAGUGGUCAGAAACCAUAUGCCUGUGAUCUCUGCCCGCAGAAGUUCACACAGUUUGUGCAUUUGAAGCUGCACAAGAGGUUGCACACGAAUGACAGGCCGUAUGUGUGCCAGGGUUGCGACAAGAAGUACAUUAGUGCAUCUGGCUUGAGGACCCACUGGAAGACCACCAGCUGCAAGCCCAACAAUCUGGAGGAGGAGCUGGCCAUGGCAGCAGCAGCUACAUCGGAGUGUUUGGAUAAAGACCAUCCCGAACCGGACUCACGAGAAGCGUACGAGCAACUGACGCAGCACAUGCAUCCGGCGGUGCAUCCGGGAUUGAGGCACCUCUCGAGUGGAGGGCAAUCACCACCACGCUUGAUACCCCUGGGCAAUCACAUGGCGCCACAACAGCAGUCGCAUCAGCAGCAGCAGCAGCAACAGCAUCAGCAGCAGGGCGUGCCACCGCCCCACUUGCUGAUGACGCAACAUUCAGUGGGUCCGGCACCCAUGCUGCUGACCACCGCCAGCCAGUUGCCACCACCGCCGCCACAUCAUCAGCAGAACUCGCCAAGCCGCCUGCUGCAACAUGGCCACCCACAUCCGUUGCAGCAGAUGCAACAACAGCAGCAGCAGCAGCAGCAGCACUCGCCCAAGGGACUGAAAUCCCUGCCAGAAUCGGGGGUGUAUCUGCAUGGACAGCAUGUGCAGGCGCAGGAGAGCAGACCAUCGGUCAUUGAGUCCUCCAACCAGCCCAUGAUCAUCGAGUGCACGUAGAAGGUACACGGUACAUGGAGCAGCUGCAGACCAGACCAGGAAGUGAUGGAAUCCAAGUGCAAUAAAAUUAAUUAGAGUUAAGCGACAGACAGGCAGACAGACAGACGUUAUCCCUUUCGAAACAAAAAGGAUAACAACAACAACAACAACAACAAAAUAACGCAGCACAAGUAAACGUAAACGGUAUUAUUAUAUAGUUGUAUAUAGUUAGAGAUUCCCACGUAAAUUUUUGAUCCUCCUUAAAACCUGAAAUUGAAAUUGAAAACUCAUUUUCGCGCUAUGAAAACUAGAUCUCACCAAUUGGCAAUCCCAUGAAUUCUUCUUCUCAUCAUUAUCAGCAUGGCAGGAGAGCACUAAAGGCAUAUUAUUUUUGAUAAAUAUUUUAUAUAUAUACACCGAACAUAUAAAACGGAAGUGAAACAAAAUUGGUUAACAGAAAGCGAUUGUUAAUGGGAAAAAUAAAUGGAGCCGGCAGCAGAUGAGAAUUUUGCAUUAAAAAAAACUGUGAACGAGAGAAAGAAAAUGCAUUUACACUUGACUUUCGAUGAUUUUCCAGUUCUGAUUUGUUGUCUCACCCUCGCUGUUUGUUUGUUUGCUUGUUUGUUUGUUUGUUGAGGCGCGCACCUUUAGAUGUAGAUUACAUAUUAAAGAGUUAAAGGAUAAAUAAGGAUAAAUUUACAUACAAUACAUAGAUUCAAGUUGCCUUAUUUGAAUUUCGUUAGCACUGAGAAAUCCGCGGAAAGAACAACACAGUAACCGAAAACAUUUCGAACAUCUCUGUUCAGUAAGAACGGAAAUCUGCAAAGCUUAUAUACGUAUUUUAUAUAUGAAUAUAUCAUUAUUAUACAUACGAGUAUAUAUACAUAUAUAUAUAUAUAUUUAUAUGUAUUUUAUCAUAUAUAUACACAAACGGAAAUGCAGCAACAAACAAAUGAUAGCAAAACUGUAAAUAGAAGGAAAUCUUAUUUCGGCAUCUGUUGAACUAGUAUCGCCUAGCUAUAUAUAAUUACGUAGACCUCUAGGGAUUACCAUUACCAUUAUCAUUAUUAUGAUUACUAUGAUUAUUACGGAAAAAGAAGAUAUAAAAACUAAGCAACAAACAAAAGAAAAAAACGUAAAGAAAACUUAGCUGAAAAAUCGGUGCUUUUGACUGUUUCCAUUUGUCCACGUUUACAUUUACGAUUGUAUUUGUACUUCGAAACAUAUGAAUUAUAUUGUAAACCACACUAAAUAUAUAUAUAAAAUAUAUACAGGUUAGUAUAAAACUCUAGGAUAUUUCCCCACAAGCUACUUUGCGCCUUAAACAUUCAACCUUCCUCCAGCUCCUUUAAGUCCUUUAACUCCUUUCAACACAAACAAAAAAAAAACGGAAUCCAAAAAAUUUGCUCGUAUUGUACUUUACCAAAAUUAUGCUCUCAAUUAGUCUUCGUUUUCGUCUGAAUAUUAUAUAUAUAUUAAAUCUUUAGCUAAACAUAAGCUUAUAAUCUUAAUGAGGCUGACUAGCUUUAAGUAUCCACAUAAAUCUAUUAAGCGCAUAUUAAUUAAAUUAGCCACUAAGCUCUGUAUAUUAAAGGCUGAGUCCCAGAACUCGGCUUCGAUCUGUAAGACACAACACCAAUUCGUAAUGAUUAAGUAUUUGUCUUGUAAAGUACGAGAUACGGGGGUGGGGAGUUCGGGAAAAUUCUAAGGAAUUCCGAUAACUGAGACUAAGACUAUGCAAAAGUUUUUGUAUUUUUGUAUUUGAUACAAAGCUAGCAGGAGUUAGGAAUGGAGUGACGAUGAGAUGUUUUAGCCACGUAAUAUCUAGUUUAAGCUAGCCCUAAGAUUUCUAAGCAUAUGCAAUAUUUAUACGCAUAAUAUUUCUAAAAAAAAAAAAACAAAAAAAGCAAAACGCAGAAAAGAUGAGACAAGCCUACAUACAUGGAAAAUAUAAAAGAAGAUAAUCAAAAUUAUACAAAAAACACAAAAUUGAUUUUUUAUUUCUCCUUUGGUUUUAAACUCACAUUUGUUGGUUGUGCAAUCAUCUAAUUAUUAUUUUUAGUUUUGUGCAAUAGUUCGCGAAUUUAUGUUUAUCUUUCUUUUUUCGCCAUCAUUUAAACGACUUGAAAAACUUUUUAGACAGUUACAAAAAUCUACUAAAAUAAGCGACAUACAUAAUACUUUCCUAUUUGUGAGACUGAAUGAAUUACUAUAUAUACAAUACUCGUAACUCAUAGAAAACAAAUCCAAGCUCCAUCAGCAGCCCCAUCUUAUAGAGGGUCUGCGAGGUGGACUCCAUGGAAACCCAGACAUUUCGAUAUAUAUUUUACCGAACCUUUUGUUUGUGCAAGCAUUGUAAUAUAUUACGAUACGAAUAUGAAUACUUCUAGGCAUAUAGAUAUAUAUUUAUACAAAGCACACAUACAUACGUAGUCGUAGAGAGCUAUAGCUAUAGCUAUUUAUACAUACGAACAACCAAUGGCCCAUGGUUAAAGCGCCCAACUUUGUACAGUAAUUGAAAUCUGUUUCAGGAUUCAAGGAACGUGACGACACAACGUAAAUUUAAAUGGAGAAUAAAUGACUGCUUCUUAGUGUUAUAAGUGACUCUGAUUUAGGUCGAACACACUCACUCACACACACACACCCACAUACAGAGAAAAACACACAUACACACAAAUGAUUCAAGGAUCAAUUCUAGAAAUCAAAUCCAAAUAUAUAUUCCAUUAUAUAUUCAAUAAGUCUAUCGUAUACCUUUAUUGCAAUCAAUAUUUCAAAUGUAUGAAUCUAUAUAAUUACAAUUAUCUAUAGUUCAGCCCUAUAUAGAACAUGUAGAGCCUUUGUUAUACGUAUGUAUGUCCUAUGAAAUUGUUUCCCCAUUCUCUCUCUCCCUCUCUCUCAUAUACACAAAAUGUACAAAAUUGGUUCUCAUAAAUAAUUAAAAAUUAGUAAAAAGAAACAAAACAAAAAACGCAGCGAAUUUCAUUUGCAAUCAAAGCGAAGCCCAAUUAAAAAAUGCAAUUAAAUGUAAUCAUUUUAAUAUUCGAGAUGGAGAUUGAGUUUCUGUUUAAACCCACUUGAAAAAAUAAAUGUUGAUUUAUACGAGCCUCAAGGUAUAUACACGCUUAUAUAUCACUCACCUCUUAUACCACAAUAAACGAAAUAAUUGACUAUAUGCAUAUUUAUACGCCAAUUACAUGCGAAACAUCUUAAGAGAAAGCAUUGAAAAAAAAACCAAACCAAAAUCGAGCAGAAAACAAGAAUUAUCUAAUUAUUUGAAUGCAACUUAAAUUCCUAUUAAUUAUAUAUGAAAUAUCUCUAUAAAAUAUCUCUAAAGAAUCACAAUUAAUAACAGUACGAAAAGAAUGAAUAAAUACAAAAAUAUUUCAUACUAAAA